AUGCCCAUGCAGUUGUUGACUUAUGGUUCAGGUGAUUCAUGGUGUCCAUUCUUGAAAAAAUGGUUAGAUUCACCAGAAAACAAACGUUAUUGGAUUGAUUUUCAAUCGUGUAUUGAAGCAACAGCACAUGGUCUGAUUAAAGAAGAAGAAUUAAUUGGCAAACGAAGUGAGGCUGUUUGGAUGGCGGAACAACUACGAAAAAUAAAAUAUCAACCACGUAAAGAAAUAGCUAAAUGUUGUAUUACAUUGUACACAAGAGAAAGUUUCCUGUAUAAAAUAUUAAAUAAAACAUUAAGAAAUUUAGAUUAUUCUAAAUUAAACACAUUGGGACCAUUUUGUUAUUUACUAAGAGAUUAUAGUCGCACAUGUCAAGAAUUUGUUGGAUGUGUUUAUCGCGGUGCUCAAUUAGAUUUAAAAAUGAUUGAUAUGUAUAAAGCUGGACUCAAAUAA